CUUCCUUCUCUCCCUCCCUACCUCCCUUCCCUCCCUCCCGCUCUUCCUUCCCUCUGCCACAUGCAAAUUCCCUCCUUACACUUAAUAUACCAGAAAGUGGGCUAAAUCUCCCAUAGGGGCCCCUCUGGCUGCGGGGGAGGCCAGGCCAGGCUGCCCUUCCAACCGGCUCUGUAGAAGCCCCCGUGGGAAGGGGGCUCCCAGCAAGGAAGGAAGGUCAGCCCCCCCCCCCUUGCCAGCUCCACUUAGUGGCAGGAAUGGCCACAUCCCUUGAAGGUGUGCAGGUUCGGCCCUCCCAGCUCGGCCUGAUGGGGACCCGUUUUCUGCCUGCCGAGCCACACAGGGGAGAUGGGAGCUCCGCUUGGGAGACCCUCCACCUUCCCUUCCUUUUCAAUUAGCUCAUGCUGCCACCCCCCCCCCCCCGAUUAAUUUCCAUUCAGAUUUCCCCAACCGGUUUCCCACAAUGCAUCUUUAAUGAAUCCCCCCUCCCCCGCCUGACAGAAGCUAAUUUCCCCCCCCUCCCGGCCCAAUUAAUUUCAUCCCGGGGGGGGGGCAGGGGAGGCUCCUCACCGUCCCUUCCUUGGAGCUGGGCCAGCCCUCUGCCAAGGGUGCGGGUGGGGGGGAGACACAAAAGAAGGACGUCGAAACCGCCACCCAGGUCUGGUGCCCAGGGGCUCCCACCUCCCACCCUCCCACCUCCCACUUCUCCCCAGAACAUGCAGAGCCCUUCAUGACCCCCCUCCCCACCCGCACUGCCCUUCAGUGGAUCCCAGGCUCCGGCCAAGGACUGACUUUGUGGCCCUCGGUAGCUUCCUUCUCCCUGCUGAAGCCGGCCGGAGCCCUCUGCCCCGUGGCACCGGAGGGGAGGGGGCUUCUGAGCGGGCUGAGUGGCCUGUGUGGGAGACGUGGGCCGCCCUGGGGAAGAGCGUCCGGGUGAGCUCUUGGCCGGGUCCAAGGCAUCGUCCUCAGCUGCGCGGCUCCCCUCUGGCCCCUGGCCGGGUGGGCUGGGCACGUGCAGCGGUAGCUGAGGGCGUCACGUCAAGAGGCUGGCCGGGCAGCGCGUCAGGACAGCCAGUGGGGCUGUGGGACCUGUUUCACUAGCCCCCUGCCCACGCGUGCCACUCCCCUCGCCCCUGUGCCCCACGGCCCUCUGCUUCUCCCUUCCAGCGUCCUGGGAUGCCCUCCGGUGCUCGAAUGCCCCACCAGGGGGCCCCCAUGGGUCCCCCGGGCCCACCGUACGUCGGAAGCCCCUCGGUGCGGCCCGGGAUGCCGCAGGCGGUGAUGGAGCCCACGCGCAAGAGGGCGGCCCCCCAGCCGCAGCCGCCACCGCAGGCACAGGCGCAGACGCAGCAACAGCAGCCACAGCAGUCGCAGCAGCAGCAGGCGCAGGCCCAGGGAGCUGCCCCACAGAACCGGUCCCGGAGUGCCAAGAGGAGGAAGAUGGCAGACAAGAUCCUCCCUCAAAGGAUCCGAGAGCUGGUGCCGGAGUCUCAGGCCUACAUGGACCUGUUGGCCUUCGAGCGGAAGCUGGACCAGACCAUCAUGCGGAAGCGGGUGGACAUCCAGGAGGCCCUGAAGAGGCCCAUGAAGCAAAAGCGGAAGCUGCGCCUCUACAUCUCCAACACCUUCAACCCGGCCAAGUCAGACGCCGAGGACUCGGACGGCAGCAUCGCCUCCUGGGAGCUGCGGGUGGAGGGGAAGCUGCUGGACGACCUCAGCAAACAGAAGCGGAAGUUCUCCUCUUUCUUCAAGAGUUUGGUCAUUGAGCUGGACAAGGACCUCUACGGACCAGACAAUCACCUGGUGGAGUGGCACCGGACUCCCACCACCCAGGAGACGGACGGCUUCCAGGUGAAGAGGCCGGGAGACGUCAGCGUGCGCUGCACCCUGCUGCUCAUGCUGGAUUACCAGUACGAGGAAGCCCUGAGCAGAUCCAGGAAAGCCACCGCGAGGAAGGCCGGGAGCGAGUGCCGACGGGCCGUUGGGGCUGAGGGGUCCCGGGGUCCCCGUUGGGAAGACCGGCGAGAGCGGCUGGCCCUGCUGGAUGGGCCGGCCGGAGGGGGGCCCGUUGCCCCAAAGCCCUCCGGCCUCCUGGAGUUCAAGGAGACCCUCAGUUGCCCAAGGGGACCCUUGGGGUCGGCUCUCUGUCCGCAGCCUCCCCAGUUCAAGCUGGACCCUCGCCUGGCCCGCCUGCUGGGCAUCCACACCCAGACCCGCUCGGCUAUCAUCCAGGCCCUCUGGCAGUACAUCAAGACCAACAAGCUGCAGGACUCCCACGACAAGGAGUACAUCAACUGCGACAAGUACUUCCAGCAGAUCUUUGACUGCUCCCGGCUCAAGUUCUCCGAGAUCCCGCAGCGGCUGACCAACUUGCUGCUGCCCCCGGAUCCCAUCGUGAUCAACCACAUCAUCAGCGUGGACCCCAACGACCAGAAGAAGACGGCCUGCUAUGACAUUGACGUGGAGGUGGAAGACCCCCUGAAAGGGCAGAUGAGCAGCUUCCUGCUCUCCACCGCCAACCAGCAGGAGAUCACCGCCCUGGACAACAAGAUCCACGAGACCAUCGAGUCCAUCAACCAGCUAAAGAUACAGCGGGACUUCAUGCUGAGCUUCUCCAAAGACCCCAAGGGCUACAUCCAGGACCUCCUCCGCUCCCAAAGCAGGGACCUCAAGGUCAUGACCGAUGUGGUGGGGAACCCGGAAGAGGAGCGGAGGGCCGACUUCUACCAGCAGCCAUGGUCCCAGGAGGCCGUGAGCAGAUACUUCUACUGCAAGAUCCAGCAACGCCGGCAAGAGUUGGAACAGUCUCUGGGGGUCCGCAACACAUAAAGGUCUCCUGGUCCAGGUUCCCCCCACAUUCCCUGUCUCCCCGCCCCCCAUUCCAUCAAGCAUGGACUUUUCUGUGUUCCAUCACUUGACCCUCCCGCUGAGAACAGACCGGCUCCAGGACCGGCCUGGGAGUCCCAUCACAGCACCAGCAUCACCAGCUUUAGAGUCGGCCUUGCCCCCCCCCCGUCCUCUUCCCUCCCCCCCUCCAUCUCAGGAUGAGGAGAGAUCUCGGCCCCAUCACAUAUCCCCAUCACGGAGACCGGUGCGUGGGCUGCCCAGAGGCAAGGAGCCACGGCCCACAGAGGCUCACGACGGCUCUAUCCGGUGGCCAGCCUGCCCUUUUGCGGUGCCAAGGCUUCUGGGUCAGGCAUCCCUCAGUCUCAGCAAUAACAACCAGCCCAGCCGUAGGAGGAGAUCCGAUAGGCACCCUGUUGGGGGCUGCGUGAAUCCAGUGAACCACGCACAAAACUGGGGGGGAGCCUGACGUGGCCCCAGAAGACUGGCCAAGAGCAGCUUCUUCCUCCCAAACUUGACUGGCUUCUCCAACGAUGGGCGGCUGGCUAGGGGAGCCCUCCUUCUGCGUGGGGAAGAGGAAAGGGGUCCCAGGCGAGUGCCGAGAGACCUCCUUCACAGCAGGAGCGUCGGGCCGAUCCUUCCGGCCAGAUUUGCUGGAGUCCGGCUGUAGAGCUCUGCUGGCAGCCACAGGUGGGCCCUGCCCAGGUCCAUCCACCGUGAGGCCUCCUGAGGCACGAGGGGCAGGCAGGCUGUCCCGGACUCUCCCUGGGGUGGUUGUGCCACGUGGGCCUUGGGGCGCCAGGCUAGUUGCUGCCAAGGGAGGCAGAGGCUACCAACGGUUCCUCCCAGCAGAAGGCAAUCAGAAUUGGGCGGCAGAGCGUGGAAGGUGAUACGGGGCAGCGUCUGCGCUAGCGUGUCUGCCGUGAAGCCCCCAAAAGAGGGAUGGGUGGGUGUAGGCAGCAUUGAAAAGGAAGGAAAAGCUGCUCCCCCCACCUCCUCCUCCCCCCCCCACUGAAAAAGGGCAAGAUUUUUUCGACUUGUGCGCCCCUUGCCCCCUCCUCCCCAGGGGGCUGGGACUGGAAGUCCCCACGACCGACCGACCGACCGACCGAGCGUGCUGUUGCUUCACGGUGCCCGUUUUAAGCUCACGGUUUUCCCAUUGGCAGAGCAGUUGCCCUCCCGGUCCCUGGAAUCAUGGGUCCCAUGUCCCUCCCCCCCUGUGGCUGCCGUUUCUUUGUCGUUUGGUGCCGAGUGAUUUGUAGAAGAGCGUUCAAUAAAGAAGAGCCUCACUGCUUUGUA